AUGCCUGUGAAACGUGGCCUCGUCCGGGAAUCAUGUGACUUUUGCUACCGUCGCAAGGUCAAAUGUGAUCGAUUGUCGUUGGCAAGCCAGGGCAUCGCCACAUGUUCUCAGUGUGCGCUUCGUGAUCUGGAAUGCCGCGUAAAAGACUCCGAUGAUGCACGCAUUCGACAGCGAAAUCGCUUGAUCAGCAACUCACGGAAUCAUAACGGUGGUUUGAACGCCGAUACUGUGAUCCGUAAUAGCUCGCCUCGCUCGGAAAUUAUUCCAUGCCCCGCGUUUGUUCCGGAAACGCCUGUAACUCAUGCCAUACCAUCUCGAAGCGGUCAAUGUAAAGCACAAGAUGAGAACACAACUCCUUUGAUAACGCCGGAAGGCUUACCUGUUGAUGAUACGUUCGGGCUGAGUCUUGAUAACAUGCUAUUCCUCGAUCAAGUAUUCUUGAAUGAAGGUUCUUUUGAUUGGUCAAUGAUGAAUAAUCAAGAUGGAAUAUCCUUGAGUCACGAAAUCGAUGAGCAAACCAGCACCACUUGCAGUUCGGCAUUACACAGAUUUCAGACUCCGGAUAAUUUGGGGGAAUCUUCUACGCUUGCAGCAGCACUCCAUUCCUACUUCAACCUGGCGGCUUUACAUCUUCCAAUCCUCGUUGAAGACGCAUUUUGGCAAGAUUUCUACUCUGGAAGAUGCAGCCCAGCUUUAAUAUAUGCGAUUGCAUGCCGAGGCAUGCCAUUUACCACAGUAGAAAACAAAUUGGACCUUGAACAGCGUUAUGCGCGCCAGUUCCGCAAGGCGUUUCUGGAAGCUCGAAGCGCCCAUUCGGGAAAUGGUACAGUCAGACUAGACGAACUCGAGGCGCUAGCGCUCAUGAUUAAUUACGACUAUGAAGAGAACGAAAACGACGACGAGUCCGCGCUACAUUCGAAAUUGGGCACUUUGUUUCUGACGCAUGAUGCUCUAAUUUUACUUAUGUUACAGAACCAGAUUUGCGAUCGUCCUUCCUCCACUACAGGCUUAGAUUCUUCGCCCGAGAGCCUGGCAAACGCUGCGCAACGCCGCAUGCUCCUCUAUUGGCAUAUAUACGGACUUGAUGCUUUCCAUUGUCUUGAUCGGAAGCAAAGCUCACAUAUACACAUCCCCAACAUUGAUAGUGAUAAUAAAAUUUCAAAUGUUGAAAUUCGCGACUACUUUGAUGCAAUGGUAUCACUGGCUACUAUUGCUCGAGAAAUCAUCCAGAAAUUAUGUACAAUCAGCGCUAAGCGUCAAGGUGUGGACCCGAAGCAUGUGCACGGUCUCUAUGAUCAACUUCAUCAUUGGAGCAAAACUCUCUGUCCUCGACAUCUUCGAAGGAAUUACCAGGAAGAUGGCGAACUCAAACCUCUUGACCAAAGGCCGCAAGAUGAGCCGGCGCAGCCUUCUUCUAGUACGAGAACAACAAGGAAGCAAAAACACACUCACCUGCGACGAGCAGUUUUAUGGGCUUUGGAGUUCCACUGUUUCUUGCAGAUCGAAGCUAUCGUCGCGGACUACGGUAUAAAACACGAUGAAAAGAGUCUUUUGGAAGCCGACGUGCUCGCAUCUCGGAUCGAGUACGAGAGUAUUCGCAUAUUGAAUGGCAUGGCCAGUGUAUGUCGCUGGAUUAACCAAUACGAGAUUGAGGACGAUAGCGGUCAUACUAAGCGACACUCGUUGGUUGACCUUGCACCUAAUAUCCUGCGGAACAUAUGUGCUGGAAUGUGUUACUGGUCUGCCCAACGGGGCAUUGAACUUUGUCAACGAGGCCCCUCAGAAUUGCUACGCGUCAGACAUAGAAGCACAGAAAAAACGGAUGGAGGUGAUAUGAGGUACCAGAUCGUGAGCACCUAUAUAAAAACAGCCAGUUUGUUACGUGACACAGCAGCGACCGCAAUCUCACAUAAUCAGACUAAGCAAGUCCUCGAAAGGAUUGAUCACCAGCUAGUAUUGGUGGGGAGGCAUUUUGAAAAUCUUCGCGGACCAAAUUGCUGA